CGCCGCAAGACGCUGCACAUCGACAUCCCCUCGCUGGCGACGCCCCCCGCUACGCUGACUUCCGCGAGCCACCGCUACAGUCUGCAGUUCACCCCGACGUCUCCCACUAUCGUCUCGAAUCGGUCGACGACCACACUUUGGUCGCCAGUAGUCCUGGACGACGACGAAUUCGAUGCCGAGAAGGCGGCCUUGCAGAAGACUGGGGCGCAGGCGACAAACAGGCGUUGCGCCGCAAAUGCGGAGGCGGGGAAGCUGCACGCCAAGCGGGAGCGCUUGCGCUGGGACGAGAAGGGCAUGUCGGCCCUUACGGAUGUCAAGGUUGACUGCAUCGAGUGUACCAGCGCCGAGCCAGAGGCAGCUGCUCAAGCCCCGGGCGAACAGUCGUUCUGGAGUCUCAUUCGCGAUAUCUACCCGACGCUCCCCAGCAAGCCCACGCUCGUGGUCGGCAUCCUGAUCUGUCUCGCGAGCGGUGCGAUGACCCCCGUCUUCUCCUUCCUGCUCUCCCGCAUCUUCUUCGAGGUCUCCAUCGGUGCUCGCGACAGCUCCGUCAUCAACAUGUACGGCGGCAUCGUCCUCGCGGUCGCCGCCGCCGACGGGCUGUUCAUCGGGCUGAAAUACGCGGUGAUGGAGGUCGUGGCCAUGAGCUGGGUCACGCGCAUCCGCAAGGUCUGCAUGACGCGCGUGCUGGCGCAGGACAAGAAGUGGUUCGACAAGAGCGAGAACAGC